ACACACAUCAAUUCUCUUACCGUUCUGGGGGUCAGAAGCCCACAAUCAGUGUCACUGAGCCAAGGUCCAGGUGCUGGCUCAGCCGUACUCCCUCUGGGGGCUCUAGGAGAGGGUCCUUCCUGCCGCCUCCAGCCUCCAGGGCUGCAUCCUUGUGCUCCUUGGCUCGAGGCCCCUUCCUCCACCUUCAAAGCCAGCAGCCUAGUGUCUUGCUUCAGGGUCAUGUUGCCAAAUCUCCCUCUGCCUUCAUCUGAUGACACUCAUGAUGACAUUUAGGGCCCACCUGGAUGAUCCAGGAUCAUCUCCCCAUCUCAAGAUCCUGGAUUUGGUCACACUGGCAAAGUCCCUUUUGGCACAUGAGGGCACAUUCAGAGGUCCCAGGGGUUGGGACCAGUGCCUUUGGGGACUAUUGUUUACCUACCGCAAACACAGUAUUGACAUGGUCACAGACAGACACAGACACACCCACGCACAGGCAGACACUGUCAGCAGAACCCACGUUCAUGGUCUUGCGUGGUCCCACAUCAGUCACACACACUCCUCACAUCCAGACCUCUUCCCAUCAGCCUGCUGGAGCCAGGUGUGGGGAGCUACAGAGCUCUUCCAGUCUCACUGUCUCCCGGCCCCCUGGGGUCAGCCUUCUUUGCCCUAUAACGGCAACACUGUGCAAAUCCUUCCUUUGCUCUCAGCACUCCCUGCACCUAGGAAGCCAUUCCUCACCACUGCCUUCAGGAUUUAGCCUAUCUCGAGAAUGUUAAGCUGAAGACCUCGCUCUGAGCCAGCUGCCUUCUCCAUGCAGCCUGCCUUACUCUGCACAGUUCCCUGCUCGCAGCCGUGCCUAGCUGCCACACCCCACGGGUUUUCAGAGAACAUUAAUAAAGGGGUAGUCGGAAAUCAAAGGUCACCAAGCAGAGCUCUUAAAAGGUGACUGUACAUGUGCCACUGCGCCCGAGCUUGGGAGCUUGGUGACCGUUGGACAGACUUUGCAGUGCUGGCUGAGCUAGAGACCCCAGGCCCAGCACAUGGACGGAGUUUGACAGCCCCCCAGGGCUUGGCUCCAGUCAGCCUAGGGAAGGACCGGGUUUCUGAUUCCCACCUCUGCCCCUGAGUGCUAGAGCUCAGGGCCAGACUCCAGGAACAAGCCAGAGGCCUCCUGCUGCAGGUGAGUGUGGCUCUUAGAGUGGUCACUUGGGCAUUGCCUGGUCUCAGCCCUGCAGCCUCCACCAGCUGACCCCUGGGCUUCACACCUUUCUCUACAUCCUUUCCCCUCUGCCCCCCAGGCUCAGGAUCUAGGGCAUCCAUCCCCACUGAGGGCCCCCAGGCUCAGGAGCUAUGGCGUCCAUCUCCACGAGGGUGCUCCUGGGAUCUCUUCCCCACCAGGGCUCAAACAUAGCCCCUGGGACAAGGCCCCCAGGCUGGGCCCCACCAAGGGUGCAGUGAGCAUUCCGGAACACAGCCCAGGGCAGGUGGGGAGUCCGCCUCCAGCUGAGGCCAGCUCUGCUCCAGGCUCCCAGGGGAGAGACAGAAAGGGAAAGCACAGGCCCUGGCAGACACUUCAUCUGGGGUCGGGCCUGGCCGGGCGUAUGGAAGGAAGGAGCAGGAAGGCCCUGUAGGCCUGGGUCUGAGGCCAGUGCCCGCCCUGCGGUGACCCCACUUCACCACCAAGCUGCGACCUGGUCAGAGGCAAAGCCCCCAGACCAGGGUCCUGGGAGGGAGGACUCCCCUCCCGGCAGAGCGCUGCCGAGCGUUGGCCCGGAGGCACCUGGGGGGCUGCGGAGUGGCGGGCUGCGGUCACAGGAGGGAGGACGGCGAGAGGGGAAGACAUAUUGACCCAGCCGCCCCCGCCCCAGCAUGGAGGCCCGCGCCGCUGCCGCCCGAGAGCUGCUCCUGGCGGCGCUCGAGGACCUGAGCCAGGAGCAGCUGAAGCGCUUCCGCCACAAGCUGCGCGACGCGCAGCUGGACGGCCGCAGCAUCCCGCGGGGGCGGCUGGAGGGCGCGGACGCCGUGGACCUCGCCGAGCAGCUGACCGAGUUCUACGGGCCGGAGCCUGCGCUGGACGUGGCCCGCAAGACCCUGAAGAGGGCGGACGUGCGCGACGUGGCAGCGAGGCUCAAGGAGCAGCGGCUGCAGCGGCUCGGCCCCAGCUCCUCGGCGCUGCUCUCCGUGUCUGAGUACAAGAAGAAAUACCGAGAGCACGUGCUGCUCCAGCACGCCAAGAUAAAGGAGAGGAACGCCCGCUCCGUGAAGAUCAACAAGCGCUUCACCAAGCUCCUCAUCGCGCCCGAGAGCGCCGCCCCGGAGCCCGAGGCGCUGGGGCCCGUGGAGGAGCCGGAGCCGGAGCGCGCUCGGCGCUCGGACACCCACACCUUCAACCGCCUGUUCGGCCGCGACGAGGAGGGCCAGCGGCCGCUGACCGUGGUGCUGCAGGGCCCGGCGGGCAUCGGCAAGACCAUGGCGGCCAAGAAAAUCCUGUACGACUGGGCGGCGGGCAAGCUGUACCACGGCAAGGUGGACUUCGCCUUCUUCAUGCCUUGCCGCGAGCUGCUGGAGCGAUCGGGCACCUGCAGCCUGGCCGACCUGAUCCUAGACCAGUGCCCGGACCGCAGCGCGCCCGUGCGGCAGAUGCUGGCGCAGUCCGAGCGGCUGCUCUUUAUCCUGGACGGCGCGGAUGAACUGCCGGCGCCGGGGCCCGCCGAGGCCGCGCCCUGUACGGACCCCUUCGAGGCCGCAGGCAGCGCGCGGGUGCUGGGCGGCCUGCUGAGCAAGGCGCUGUUGCCCGGUGCCCGCCUGCUGGUGACCACGCGCGCCGCUGCCCCGGGGAGACUGCAGGGCCGCCUGCGCUCGCCGCAGUGCGCCGAGGUGCGCGGCUUCUCCGACAAGGACAAGAAGAAGUACUUCUACAAGUUCUUCCAGGACGAGUGGAGAGCGGAGCGCGCCUACCGCUUCGUGAAGGAGAAUGAGACGCUGUUCGCGCUGUGCUUCGUGCCCUUCGUAUGCUGGAUCGUGUGCACCGUUGUGCGCCAGCAGCUCGAGCUCGGCCAGGACCUGUCGCGUACCUCCAAGACCACCACGUCUGUGUACCUGCUUUUCAUCACCAGCGUCCUGAGCUCGGCGCCCGCCGCCGCCGGGCCCCGGGUGCAGGGCGAGCUGCGCAAGCUGUGCCGCCUGGCCCGCGAAGGCGUCCUCGGGCGCAGGGCUCAGUUCGCCGAGAGGGACCUGGAACGACUGGAGCUUCGCGGCUCCACAGUCCAGACGCUGUUUCUCAACAAGAAAGAGCUGUCAGGCGUGCUGGAGGCCGAGGUUACCUACCAGUUCAUUGACCAGAGCUUCCAGGAAUUCUUCGCCGCGCUGUCCUACCUGCUGGAGGACGAGGAGGCUCCCGGGGCGCCGGCUGGCGGCGUAGGGGCGCUUCUGCGCGAGGACGCCGAACUGCGCUGCCACCUCGCGCUCACCACGCGCUUCCUCUUUGGACUACUGAGCGCAGAGCGGAUGCGCGACAUCGAGCGCUAUUUCGGCUGCGUAGUUUCAGAGCGCGUGAAGCAGGAUGUCCUGAGGUGGGUGCAAGACCUGGGCCAGGGCCGUCCCACGGCGGCGCCAGAGGGGUCAGAGAAGCCCGAAGCGCUGGAGGGCACUGAGGAACCGGAGGAGGAGGAGGGCGAGGAGCUCAACCACUCGCUGGAGCUGCUGUACUGCCUGUACGAGACGCAGGAGGACGCCUUUGUGCGCCAGGCCCUGCGCGGCCUCCCUGAGCUGGUGCUGGAGCGAGUGUGCUUCAGCCGCAUGGACCUGGCCGUCCUGAGCUACUGCGUCCGCUGCUGCCCGGCCGGGCAGGCCCUGCGGCUGGUUAGCUGCAGACUGGCCACUGCACAGGAGAAGAAGAAGAAGAGCCUGAUGAAGCGGCUGCAGGGCAGCCUGGGCGGCGGCUCUUCUCAAGCCACCAAGACAAAACCCCAGGCCUCCCCUCUGCAUCCACUCUGCGAGGCCAUGAUGGACCCACACUGUGGUCUGCACAGGCUGACGCUGUUCCGCUGCAAGCUCACUGAUGCGGUCUGCCGAGACCUCUCCCAGGCCCUGAGGGAGGCCCCCGCCCUGGCUGAGCUGGGGCUCCUCCACAAUGGGCUCAGCGAGGCAGGCCUGCGUGUGCUGAGCGAGGGCCUGGCCUGGCCCCAGUGCCGGGUACAGACGCUCAGGGUGCAGCAACCCAGCCUCCAGGAAGAGCUCCAGUACCUGGUGGGCCUGCUCUGGCAGAGCCUGACACUGACCACCCUGGACCUCAGCGGCUGCCAGCUGCCGGAAUCCAUGGUGACUUACCUGUGUGCAGUCCUGCAGCAGCCCAGAUGCCAUCUGCAGACCCUCAGUCUGACCUCCAUGGAGCUGAGUGAGCAGUCACUGCAGGAGCUGCGGGCUGUGAAGACAGCAAAGCCAGGUCUGCUCAUCACACACCCAGCACUGGACAGCCACCUCGAGCCUCCCGAGGGAUUCAGCAGUGCCCUCUGAGGCCCUGACGGCCAGAGCAGGGCAGGGGUGCUCUAGUCAGCCCUGUGGCCCUCCCCAUUCCAAGGGGGUCUGCUCUCAGCUGCUCUCAGCUCUGGGCAACCCUUUUGAGCCUGGGGGGCCCUGGACAGGCAGGGAGGAGAUCCAGACAAACAAGCCCUGGCACAUGCCCUUCCCCCAGCACCCGGGGGAUAGGUCAUGUCUCUGUCCUCUGCACCCAGGGACUCCUCCCCUAAUCCCCACAGCGGUUCCACCCACCUUCCUCUCUUGGGACCCUCCAGCCAUCCUCCAU